AUGUUGAGCCACGUAUCCCUCUAUUGCUGGCACGAAAAGCCUAACAUGCUGCAAAGUCUCUUUAAGAGAUAUGACGCCAUCAAGCUUGCAGUAAUAUAUAAGCAAGUGUCGACUAUUUUACACUCAUUAUUAGACAUGGAUCUCUUGAGUGCUUGCGAGAGCCUUGCAUCUAAUGUGCUCGAGUACAACGCCAUCGACACUUCUGAUCUUCAAAUUUCCGACUCUGAUGUCGAACACUGGCGUGUGUUAUUUCAGCUAACUCGCGCCGAAGCCAUCGAGGAGAUUACCAAUUGGCGUUUAGACCUUGGCCGUGAAUCCCUCUCCCAAUCCGCCUGGGAAACGAUCAAGGAAUCUAAAGCCGCAUCUGGCUUUAACAAAGAGUCGUAUGCGUACAGUCUAGCCCGUGGAUGGAGACUUAAGCCCCAGAACAUCACCAGUACGGCCGCCGAUAAGAGCAUGUAUUUGCUUCGAAUUCAAGAAACACUCCCUAGCAUCCGCACAGUUCAAGACCUCCUCAACACAGAUAAACUGAACAUUGUCUCAGGACUGGAUGAUGAUGGCAAAUCUGUGCAAUUUUGCUAUAUGACUGCACAGAUGAAGAGCCUACUUCUAUGCAAUCUUGCUUUAUCUAAUAGCAUCCAAUUCCGACCAACUUUUAUCCAGGUUUCAAUAGCUACGAAGAAUCUGUCUGAUAACUCGAGGUAUCCGACACUUGGGAUCGAUUCAACUCUCCCUCAGCAUAGGCCGCAAUCAAGUACAGAAUGCUUUCAGCCGGCGCAGAAUGAAUACCCUGUUCCAUAUUUUUUCUAUGGCACAUUGGCCGAUCGGACUGUCCUCGCCCGUGUUCUUGGACUUUCUGAUGAGAAUUCCAUCACAUAUAAGCCAGCGGAAGUAUCUGGAGCAACAAUGACGAUGUGGGCGAAUAAAUACCGCGGCCUGGUCGAUAGUGACCAAGACGACACUGUGGAAGGGGUGGUGUACCUGGUCAGAUCUCAUGAAGAAGAGGAAGCGCUAAGAAUCUACGAGACAGCCAAGUAUGAGGUUGUGAGAUGCCUGAUUCGUCUUUCCUCCGAACCCAAGUCUCGUAUGGCUGGCCUUACGUUCCGGCUUACUUGA